AUGGAGAAAAAACCUGGAUGGAAGGCCAUUCCUUACAUCUUAGGUCUCUAUCUAAACGUUGGUGCCUCAAAUAUUAUUGGGAUAUGGAGUGGAGUGAGCAAUUGCAUACCACUUAUUGGUGCAGCUGUUGCUGAUUCCUAUUUGGGAAAAUUCAGAACCAUUGCCAUAUCAUCUUUUCGAACACUUGCGGGAAUGCUGAUACUAACACUAACAGCCUGGGUGCCACAAUUUCAUCCCCCAAGAUGCACAUCUGACCCUUCUGGCCAGCAAGUGCGUCUUACCCCAACGACUACUCAGAUUGCCAUCUUAAUUUUAGGGCUGAGUUGGAUGGCCGUAGGCACAGGUGGAAUCAAACCAUGCUCUAUUACAUUUGCCAUUGACCAAUUUGACACAACUUCUUCUGAAGGAAAGAAAGGAGUAAGCAACUUCUUUAGCUGGUACUACACUGCACAAACGUUGGUCCAAUUGACCAGUUUGACUAUAAUAGUUUACAUCCAAAACAAAAACUGGGUAUUGGGGUUUGGCACACUAGGUUUGCUCAUGGGUUUGUGGAAGGGCGAAGAAGGGGUGCACCAAUUCGUGUUACUAGGGUUUUGUGAAGUGUUCACCAUUGUUGGACACAUUGAGUUCUACAACAGCGAAUCGCCAGAGAAGAUGAAAAGUGUAGGUAACUCAUUGCAAUAUCUUUUGGUUGCAUUCUCAAACUAUGCUGGCACCUUGGUGAACAUUGUGCAGAAAGUGACUCGAAGGCUAGGGAAAACAGAUUGGAUGAACGAUGACAUCAACAAUGGAAGGUUGGAUUACUAUUACUUUUACUUCCUUAUAGCAGGAUUGUAA